UGAGGGCUCAAGCCGUCACGCAGCACCAGGAAAUGGAGGAGCUGCGUUGAUGAGUGUGUGUAGCUGCGUCCGACGGAGAGACAGCAGCGAGAGAGAGAACUGGGAGGGGAACCGAGCAGCGGAGCAGCGAACAGGCGACAAGACUCCUAACUUUUUAAGGACCUCGUGCAUCAGCAGGUGAAGAUGAGCGACGUCGAGCAGCCCAAAGUUGAACUUUUUGUGAAGGCGGGCAGCGAUGGUCAGAGCAUCGGCAACUGUCCCUUCUCCCAGCGUCUCUUCAUGGUGCUGUGGCUGAAAGGAGUCACCUUUGACGUCACCACAGUGGAUAUGAAGAGGAAGCCAGACAUCUUGAAGGACCUGGCUCCAGGUGCCCAGCCUCCCUUCCUGUUGUACGGCAGCGAGGUGAAAACCGACACCAACAAGAUUGAGGAGUUCCUGGAGGAAAAUCUCGCCCCUCCGAAGUAUCCUCGUAUGGCCGCUCGUAACCCAGAGUCCAACACAGCGGGCAUGGAUGUUUUCUCCAAAUUCUCCGCUUACGUCAAGAACUCAAACCCUCAGGCCAAUGAGAAUCUAGAGAAAGGUCUGCUGAAAGCUCUAAAAAAGCUGGAUGACUACCUCGGCUCCCCACUUCCUGAUGAGAUUGACGAGAAUAGCGCUGAUGAAGUCACUUCCUCGUCCCGCCCCUUCCUGGACGGCCAAGAGCUUACUCUGGCUGACUGCAACUUGCUGCCUAAGCUCCACAUCAUGAAGGUGGUGUGUUUAAAAUACCGAAACUUCGAAAUCCCUCAGUCUCUGACAAACCUCUGGAGGUACCUGAACGCUGCGUACGCCAGGGAGGAGUUUUCCUCCACCUGCCCAGUUGACGAGGAGAUCCACAUCGCCUACUUCUCUGUAGCUAAGGCUCUCAAGUAGGAGGAAAACAGGAUGCACAAGAACACACCAGCAGAACAACAUACAAAAGCACAACACACACAUACUCACCUGCACACGCUGAGCGUUCACUCUGCAAGCAACGUGGUCGAUCUGUUUCUCAGGAGGCUUUCGUUGCAUCUGUGAGAUAAUUUUUUUGCAGCUUUAAAAGUUGAUAUCAUCUUUUAUAAUGUUAGAUCAUUCUGAUAGGUUACACUGUUGUUUGUUUUAGAGAGGGUUAUUCAUGUAGUUUUCACUGUAAAAGGAUUUUAGUGGAAUCAACUAAUCUUUUAACAUUAACAUAAAUAUACAAGUUGUAUUUAUUUCAAGUUAAUUAAACUUUUGUUUGUAUUUUCUGAUCAUUUCAGGACUUAAAAACACAAGUUCUUCUAACUUGAAGUAUUUUGACUUGAAAUGAUGAGUUAAUUAACAAAGUUCUGACUCAUUAAAUGACGUUUCUAAAGAAACAUGAUCAGCAUAUUAGCAGACUUCCCAGCAUGCAUUGUUUGAGAGUGCCUGAGGCCCUUAUUUUUUCAUUUGAAGGCAAAAUAUAUGAUUGAAACUUGUGUCUCUAAUACACAGAAAUGAACAACUGACUCUGCAAACUAAGAAAAUGUAAAAAUAAACCUGUUUGUAAUGUUCAUUGUUGGUUCAACUUAAUAUCUUAAGCUUAUUAAACAUGUUUUCUCAAGGUUAGUUAACUUGACUCAACAACUUUUAUAUAAGACUUUAAUAACCCUUCAGCUCACAUUUGUAAGGCAGCAAAUUAAGUUGAACCACAUCAAAAUUAUUUACAGCGAGGGAUACCUUUUAUUUGCCUCGUGGAUCCUUUAUGUCAGUAAGAAGAUGAGGAAGCACAGAAAUCAGAUAAGCUGAUGUAAAAAAACAAACAUGCACACAAAAAGUCAACUCUUUCUUAAUUUAUUAUGCUAACAAGCUUGUUGACUGCCCUCAUAUCUACCAAGUUUUCCUGGUAAUUCAGCUUUCCAUGAUUUAAUGAACUCCUGGUAACUUGUUGACCAAUUUGCUUGCAGGCUCACACACACACACACACACACAGCCACACACACACACACACACACACACACACACACAAGCACACAC